AUGAACUUAAAGGGUUGCCUGAGGCGAACAGUGUUUGACGAAGCAUUAGCAAAUAUGACUAGGACAUACAAAAAGCCCAAGGUCAACGACAACAGAACUCAGCUCGAGCACGAUGCCAUUGACAAGCUAUCUCAUGUGAAGCUGUCGUCGGAACAAGCACAGCUCAAGACCGAGGUGCUUCAAUUCGUUAGAGAUCAGCUCAAACGCUGGGAAAGUAGCAAGGACGGCCCUGCGAUGCUUGUAAUCCAGGGUGAUGCCGGAACUGGAAAGUCAGUGGUUUUGAACUCACUCUUUAACGAAUUACAGAGGCUGGCCUGUCCCUCUGAUGCGGCGCGAGACGAAUUAACGGGUACCAAGAACUAUUUGGUAGUUAACCACCCGGAGAUGCUCAAACUUUAUCACCGUAUAAGUAAAAACUUUCCCUAUAUUGCCAAGUCAUCGCUUGAGCGGCCCACUUCCUUAAUUAAUAAGUUGGAGAAAAGCAAGUCCAUUGCAGACGUUAUUGUUGUUGACGAGGCCCACUUACUUUCGACAUCGAAAGACGCGUUCAAGCGGUUUUAUGGCGAAAACCAUCUACAGUCGCUAAUGGCUCUAGGCAAAGUUCUGGUAGUGGUUUAUGAUGACAAGCAAUCGCUCCGUAUGGGCUCUUAUUGGGAAGAAAGCACCAACGACGGUUCUUCUUUAGCUCACUUUUACGAGCAGCUACCUGAAGGCCAUAAGCAAUGGCGUUACUUAAAGCAGCAAUUUCGGGUAGUUGCUGAACCCGAUGUAUUGGAAUGGAUUGAGCAGUUGAGUACCAAAGGAAAGAUAUUGCCCUUCCCUAAAUCCACAACCAACGGAACCUCCACAUUCGAUUUAAAAAUUUGGGAGGACUGUGGGGCCAUGUAUUCCAAGCUGAAGGAGCUCAACGAAGAGUAUGGUCAAUGCCGCAUGUUGGCAACAUACGAUUUUCCUUACAGGCUCGACGGCAAGGACUACUUUGUCACUUGUGGCGAUAACUUUAAACUCAGGUGGGACAGGUAUAUGCCCAAAUCCAUACUGCCCUGGAGCGAGCGGCCUAGUAGUAUCGACGAAGUUGGCAGCGUUUACACAGUGCAGGGGUUUGACCUGAACUACGCCGGGGUAAUCUUAGGACGGAGUGUUGGCUACGACGCUAGCAACGACUGCAUUAAAUUAAUGCCUGAAUUCUACGACGACCACGCUGGUUUUACGAAGAAAAAAAACAUCAAAAACGCGGACCAGGUUAAACUCAAGAUUAUCAUGAACAGCAUAAAUGUCUUAAUGACCAGGGGAGUCAAAGGUCUUUAUCUAUAUGCGUAUGAUCCUGAGUUAAGACAGAGGCUGUUGAGGUGCUCAGGAAGCGCGUGA